CAUGCCGUGGGAGGAUCCAGGAAUGCUGCCAGCUGGUGACAAGCAGUGCUCCACUGACACACAACAGCAGCAAGCAGCGAGACACGCAGGAAGAAAACUAACAUAUUCAAACUCCCCGUCGACAUGCCUCAGUACUCAGAUCUGGAGAAGGCCAUUAACACACUGGUCACCCAGUUCCACGCUGCUUCGGCUGACAAUGGUCCAACGCUGAAAACUGAUGAAUUCAAAGGUCUUUUGUCCUCCCAGCUGCCCAACCUGGUGAAGGGGAUCGGCACAGACCAGGGACUGGGUGAGAUAAUGCUGAAGAUGGGUGUAGGUGACGGUGAGGGCAUCUCUUUCAAGCAUUUCUGGAACUUAAUCCAGUCACUAUCCACCACGCAGCACAGCCUCCUCAGCAGCCAGAAGGGCUCCUCAUGCAGCUGCAUCCUCCUGUGAAGAGCAUACUCAGGAAGUUUCCACCCUGUAAUUUAACUAAACAGGGCAACAAUAUGUACAUCACUCUCCUAAUCAGGUGUCAGACAGAAUACAAAGGUGCACACAGCAAGCUGUUCCCAACAUUUAAGACUGAAACAUUACACAUUUAAAAUGCUGUGCUAUCCAUCUGACAGGUUUCCACAUCGCACUUCUGCCACUAUACUGUCCAGUAUCCUUUGCACCAGUUUAAGUUCAGGCUAGUUUGCAUUUCUCACAUUGUCCAAGUCUACACAUUGAUUCUUAUAACCUUUAAAAAUAUACCAAACUACAAUUUUUAACUAGCUUACAAUAAUCACCAUAUCAAAUCACCAUUACACAUAGUACCGAAUAACAUCUUUGUGUAGCAACUUGCUAAUCAUGAAUUAAGUUAUUUUAUUUAACAUGCUGCACAUGUAAAGAUUGUCUUAAGUUCCUGUUACUGGACUAGACAGUCUAACUUUGGCCAGCAUGUUAUUAGCCAGAGAAUACUAAGGUUAGCUCUGCUUUUCAGUUGUAAUAGUUAAAGAUAUACACCUUGAUUUUGUUCUAUUGCCCUCAGCUCUCCAAAUUUCCUCCCAGAUCAAACUCAAAAAAUGAUAUAUGGUAAGAUUUAACACAUCCCCUGUGAGCUGGGAGGAGAUCUGGGGGUACUAUUAACAAAAUCAGGGGGGCAGCAAGUCUCUGUGAUGCAGCUAAACAAAGACACAGCUUUACCGUCAAACGUAACACAUGUAUAAGCAUCCACUUUACACCCUAAAGGCUUCAGUAUGUUUGAAAUGCACCAGGUCUUAUAUGUCAACCAUAUAAACAUGUCAGAAGGCUUCUGAAGAAGUGCUUGCUGGAUCAUCUAACAACAUCUAAAACCCCCUCCCCCCACACACAUCCCUUGCCAACAUCAGAAUCUGGGAGGGUGACAAUCUCAGGAUCUUGUUCACUUCACAUAGUGAUUGGUCAGCUGUGUGGAAAAUUGGAAGGGUGUGAACACAACUACUUCAGUCACUUUUCAUUUGAACAAGUGAGUGCAACAUAAUAAAUGAUUUCCAGGAGAGACUCUGUGAAAAUGGGAGAAGUUAUCUCCAUUUCAAUGAUUAAUCUUGUCUUCUACUUCUGUCACAGCAGGCUUUUAACCCCCUCCUUUGAGUUGGGACAUUAAGAACAGCUUCUAAUUCCACUUUCAGACAUAUGAUGCAGGUCAAGUCAACGUGCGUUUGAGCCACGUUUCACCCAUUCAUGAGAUAGCUUUCACAGCAGAGUCUCCAGACUGCAGUGAAGUUCUGAACACUUUAUUGAUAAACCUGAGAAUAAUUUGCCCGAUAAAAGUCAAGUUUCAGUUUCACCUGUCCUUUGGUUGGUCAGUUAAAUUGUUAUUGAAACAUGGGUAUAAUUUUAAUUUGCAUUCCUGGUAGCAACACCAUUCACCAAAGCCCGGCAUUGUUGACCCGUGACCAACCCCGGUGUACAGGAGGGUCGCGAAGGAGGGUCACCUGACGCCAGUUGACCCAUACAGAUAUAGCCCCGUGUCACUGUGUUGGUGUGAAUGGGGUAUCACACUUCUGCCUUUAGACCAGUUUGAUAUUGAGUAUUGCAUAUUGAACCCUUAGACGAUCCAACAGUUACUUUGUUUUUUGGAGGCCUUAAGAAUCAUUUUGAAUUUAUCUGGUGCAAAAGGUUGCUAGACAUUAUGACAGUCAAGAGUCAUUAACACAGUCACUUUCCAUUAUGUCCGCUAAUUUUGUCCUGUGUCCAUUUUCCGAGUUUAAUAUUGAUUCAUGGUGCCUUUAAAAAUUAAUGCAGAUUAUAUAGUUUAUAUACAUUAAUAUAGUGUAAUCAUUCGCAUGUCAGAAAUGCUAACUCUGAAGUACUUUGAAGGUAACAGUAUGUGAGCAUGUAUCAUCAAACAGAGUCAAAGCCAGGUCAUUAGAAAUCUAGAGUUAAAACGGCAGUUAAACAUUCAGAAGCUUUGAAACAUUUAAACGACAUUUAUCUCUUCAUUUGUACAGAACUGACUCCAGGAUAAAUUAUAACUGCAAUUCUCAGUUCUCAGUAUCUGUUAUGGUGUUAGCAGUGGCAAUUUACACGGUAACUUCCAGUGUAAAACCCUGUCUGAAUCUUUAAGCAUAUGAUGCUAAUCAUCUCAUUUUGACCUCAUAUGCAUCAGUAACGGAACACAAAAUCGUAGUUUGGAUUCUUUCUAAAUGUCAUUAUGUUUAAUCUGUUUAAUGUCGAGAAACUCAAGACAGAAACAUCUCAAAAAGUGUGCUUUAUAGCCCUUUUAUAUGUUUCUACUAGUAACGCUUUAUCCUCUGUGAUUCUGCAUUUUCUAUGUAUUUAUAUUUUGUAAUACUCUGUAUUCUGACCUUUGUGACACCAUAAGAACAAGGAUGUAAUAAACAUGUAAAGGAAUCACCAAUACUGCAUUUGUUAUGUU